GUUUGCUGCCUGUACAAGCCCCACCCUGAUGCAAGGCUGAGACUUUUCCCUCCCAUCACAAAACAUCUACCAACACAGGACCCCUUGGCACACAGAAAGGAAGUUGCUGAAAAUAAACGCUAUUUGGAACUGUUUUAACUUCUUGCACCGGCACUUUCUAAGCUGGAUUCCCACUCCCCUCCUCCCCCUGCACUUGGAGUGUAGCCGAGAAGGCCCUGAAAACGGAUUUAACAACCCCUUAACCAGCGUGAGGUGAGAGGACCCAGACUGCUGUAGGCAUCUCCUAUUGGAUGCUCCAUCCAAGAUGGCUGCCCUCAUCACUGAAAACUUCCGCUUCCUUUCUCUGUUCUUCAAAAGCAAAGAUGUGAUGAUCUUCAAUGGCCUGGUGGCCCUGGGCACAGUGGGCAGCCAGGAACUCUUCUCUGUGGUCGCCUUCCACUGCCCCUGUUCUCCGGCCAGAAACUACAUCUAUGGACUGGCUGCUAUCGGAGUCCCAGCCCUGGCCCUGUUCCUCAUCGGCGUCAUCUGGAACAACCACACCUGGAAUUUGGUAGCUGAGUGCCACAAGAGGGGGGCCAAGAACUUCUCGGCCGCAGCCACCUUCCUGCUCUUUGGCUCCAUCAUAGGGCGGGCUGCCGUGGCCCCUGUCACCUGGUCGGUCAUCUCACUGCUCCGCGGAGAAGCCUACGUCUGUGCCCUCAGUGAAUUUGUGGAUCCUGCCUCCCUAGAUAAAUUUCCAUCCCGAUAUGGACCGGAGACCCUGGCCAGGUUCCCUUGUAAGGACAUUCCCGGGAACUUGACAAGUUUUAAGGAAGAAGUUAUAAGAAGACUAAGAUACGAGUCGCAGCUCUUUGGAUGGCUGCUCAUUGGGGUCAUCGCAGUCUUGGUUUUCCUCACCAAGUGCCUGAAGCACUGCUGCUCGCCGCUCGGCUACCGGCAAGAGGGCUACUGGUCCCAGUACCGCUCGAGCGAGGCCAAGCUCUUCGAGCGCACUGCUGAAGUCCACUCCAAGAUCCUGGCUGCCAACAACGUCAAGCAGUUCUUCGGCUUCGUGGCUCUGAAUAAGGAGGAGAAGGAGCUAGUGGAGGAGUUCCCAGUGGAGGGCGUCCAGCCAAGCCCGCAGUGGAACGCCAUCACCGGGGUCUAUAUCUACCGGGAAAAUAAGGGCUUCCCACUCUACAGCCGGCUCCAUAAGUGGGCCAAAGGGGUGGAGGGGAACGGGCCAGGGCCUGAUGGUCAGGAAAUGGUCUUCCUAGCCACAUAAGAGAACCAGCAGCCCAGGGGGAUGACAGAACCAGUUCCCCACACCAUCUUUAUGAUAUGGAGAUAUACCUAUCUCAUAGAACUGGAAGGGACCUUGAAAGGUCAUCGAGUCCAGUCCCCUGCCUUCACAGCAGGACCAAGUACUGUCCCUGACAGAUUUUGUUGUUGUUGCCCCAGAUCCCUAAAUGGCCCCCACAACCCUGGGUUUAGCAGGCCAAUGCUCAAACCACUGAGUUAUCCCUCCCCCGCAGACUUUCCCAUCAGACAUUGCUUCACUGUAUGUUCAAAUAGGUAAAAACGGCACAGGAGCACGGCUAGUCGCUUUGCUGCCAAUUCUCCUCCAAACAGCUGUUCCUUCUGGGCACAGCAAGGGAGGAAGGAUGAACAGCUUCAGGCUAACGACCAAGCGCAUGGUGCCAGGAACCAGUCUCUAAGACACAACCGUGCACUGCUGCUCCCACCCAGAGGACAUGGCACCUAAAGCAGGUACGUGCACCUUGUCUCCAGACUAUCAGUGCUGCAGCCCUACUGUUCUGAGGCACAGACCGAGGCCCCCAGGUCCUGCGUACACAAAGACACGUAUCUGGUUUCCCAUCUUUAACACCACACUGCCAGGGUUUCCCCAUCUCAGCUACGAAUGCUGCAGCCUCUUUGCUCUCCUUCAUGUCAGGGUCAGGACAAGACCACCCAGCACAACUGCCUAUUUUAUUAUUAAGACUUUAUCUUGCAGUUCUAUAGCAUAAAGAAAUUCCCAGGGCACCUGAUGGGCAGCUGCAUCUGGGGUGGAACACAACAGCAGUCCAUCAAUGCACAGAAAAACUCCAGAAUGUAAGGGUUUGUUUACAUGAAGGAAGGGAGGGGGCGGUAUGCCCUAACUUGGAUUGGCGCACAUUGCAAUGACCUGCAUUCACACAAUGCAGACCCUGACAGCGCAGUAGCGCCAUAGCUAAAGGGUACAAAAGUUCACCGGGCACUGAGUUAAUACAAACCCAUGUUCGUGUACGCACAUUGCUCAUUCACACUAUUUUGGCAGUCCUCUAAGUGCCAUCCCACACUGCUUUGCAUGUCCCCAGGAUUGACCUGUCAGUUUCCCUAGGUAUCCUCCCCCUCCACUUCUCUGGGGUCAAGUUGACCUGAUGCCAGCAAGUAGGCCACUGAUAUUGCACAGGGAAAUUUAACAAAGUGGAAUGUAAUUACCCCCAUUGGAAACUGGCCAGGACACCAAACACCCUUUUUCAUGAGCACAAAUGGUCGUCAACUUGGUUGUGUGUGUCUGGAAGACAGCACCGUCAGCAGACCUACAUCCUGCUGAACUGGCUUGGGACACGUUGAGUCACCAUCACCACUUCCUACAGCACCUUGGGCUUCUCAUCCAAGCACUGACCAGCUUCGCCCCUGCUUAGGAUCUGAGACAUGGCAAGCUCAUAACCAGACUUAGUUACAAUGCACACCCUUUAUGCUUAAUUGUAUCAGUUAAGCAUCUUUCUCCUACUGGAAGGAGACCAGAAACCAGCCAGCCAAAAGACUGCAUUAUGAGCACGGCUUGUGCCUGUAGAGACUGAGGUUUGCACUGAUUGGAAGCAGUGGGAUUCAGCCAUGGGAAACAGUGACCACUCCUCCCUUCUUUCAUUGGGCUUUUUAAACUGUUUCCACUGCCUUAGAUGGCUCCUGAACGAGGUCCUCGCGGAUUCUCUCU